AUGACACAUCAAGAGGUUAUUUCGUCUUUGCCGGCACCUGAUGACCAGGACGUCGUUGAACGACACAGAAGUAGUCCCGCACUGAGCAUCCAGAAAGUGUCGAUUCUCGAGCAUCAUGAUCAGAUGGAAAGUUCAGAUACCGAGGGAAUCCAGGAACUGGUACCUGAUCAUGGUUCAAAUCAGCCCUUGCCAACAUGGAGGUUGUUCACGAUAAUCGGAUGUUUAUGUGUGGGGCUGUUCCUCACUUUGAUGGAUAUGUCCAUCAUCUCAACCGCUCUUUACACCAUAUCACUUGAGUUCCAGAACUACGACCAUACAAUCUGGGCAGCACUGUCGUAUAUAUUGGCAGACAUUGGCUGCGGAGUAUGCUUCACCAGGUUAGCGGAUGUCUAUGGUCGCAAGAAUAUGGUGCUAUCAGCGUUCUUCUUCUUCACCUGCUUUUCUCUUGGAUGUGGAUUUGCGCAAUCAGUCGAGCAACUCAUCAUCUUUAGAACGUUACAGGGCAUUGGAGGUGCUGGACUGUACUCUCUCACUAUGGUCAUCUGUCCAGAAAUAUCUCCUCCAAGAUUACUGCACUAUGUGGUCGGUUCACUAGGGGCUACAGUCGCUGUCGCGGGGGUUUGUGGGCCAGUACUUGGUGGAGUGAUCACUGGUGGCACCACAUGGAGAUGGAUUUUCUGGUUGAAUGUUCCAAUUGGUGUGAUCACUAUGAUUGUUUUGUUUUUGCCUGGCCAACGAGCGCAAACAUCACACAAACAAUGGAUAGUUCUACUAUCAGGCAGCUUGACUACCUUGGAGCUCUUCUCAUGGCUGUCGGAAGCACCCAUGGUGAUGGCCAUUAUAACUACUUUAAUGGCAGGCUUCGUUCAAUUUGCCGUCAUAUUCAGCAUUCCUCUCCGUGCUCAGCUUGUAGAUCUCAAAAGUGCCACUCAGGCUGGUAUUCGACUCCUACCUCUCGUCUCAGCUACCGCAGUUGGGUCCCUCAUCGGCGGCGGAUCUUCAGCCAAGCAAAAUUUGACAUUCUUCACCAUGACCUUUGCGAUGGCUCUUGUUGCUAUAGGUUCAGGACUGCUUUCAACCUUGCCUGAGGGCGGAGCCGAAACGAAGGCUAUCUAUGGCUAUCAAGUGACUCUGGGAAUUGGUCUAGGCAUGUCGAUUUCAACGGCUACGUUCAUGACUUCGAUGGAGGUUGAGUUCGUUGAUCACGCUGUUGCACAGGGCUUGGUAGCUCAAGCCCGCAUUCUUGGCGGUGCAUUCGGUCUCGUUGCUUCGACUAUCAUAAUGAAUAACCACAUUGAGACAUUUCUCAAAGGUCAUGUCACUGACGAAGUCCUCCGAAAGAUCCUGAUAUCUCCCUUCUCUAUUCUCGACUAUGGCGUUGAGGCCGCUUUAUUAUUUCGAAGCAGUUACAUACACGCAUUCUCGCAGGACAUGCGGGUCUCUAUGUAUAUUGCCAUUGUAGGAUUUGUCAGUAGUCUUUGUAUCUAUCAGAAAAACCCGCCGACCGUAGCAGAGAGGAGCGAGUUGUUAGCAAAGGCAGUGCAAGAGUACAAGGAUGAGGUUAGAACGCGAGGGCGAGCGACGAGCGAGAAUGCUUGA